GCAGCGCUUUGUGCUUUCCGAAUUGUAAAGAAAGUGCCGGAACUUCUGGAAAUGUUCAUUUCGUGUACAAAAGCAUUGAUCAAUGAAAAAAAUCACGGUGUAUUGAUCGGUGGAAUCACAUUGAUGGUGCCUAAUUUGGUGCGCAUAUUGAAAAAUCUUCUUAUGAGCGGUUACUCGCCGGAGCAUGAUGUUACGGGUAUCAGCGAUCCAUUCCUUCAGAUCAAAAUUCUAAAAUUAUUGCGCAUUUUGGGUCGCGAUGAUGCAAAAGCAAGCGAAGAAAUGAACGAUAUUUUGGCACAGGUGAGAUCCGUCUUUGCUUUGUGUCUUUCAUCGUCUGGUUGGCGCUUUGAGGAGAGAAGUAUUGAAUUAUUCUAG